UAGUUAUAAAUCCAAGAAUGGGCUGGGACUGAGGCAAGGGAUCCAGGACUUAUCAUCGUUGCUCUGCCAGAUACAACUGUGUCCUCGUAGUGGAGAAAUCCAGAUCCCAGCAUCGUCAACAGACAUGGAGAGGCUGCUGUGCUACUCACUGAUCUUGAUCAGCUUCUCUCAGGCUUUUGUCCAGAAAGACAUGUCUAAAACGGCCUUCGUAUUUCCCAAAGAGUCAUCCAAUUCCUAUGUGUCCCUGAACGCACAGUCAAAGAAACCACUGACAGCCUUCACUGUGUGUCUCCAUAUCUACACGGAUCUGAGCACAACCCGCAGCUUCAGUAUUUUCUCUUAUGCUACCAAGAAAAACUCUAAUGACAUCCUCAUAUUUUGGAGUAAGGAUAAAGGGUAUGUUUUUGGAGUGGGUGGGCCUGAAAUAGUGUUCAAGGCUUCUGAAAUUCCUGAAGCUCCCACACACAUCUGUGCCAGCUGGGAGUCUGCUACCGGGCUUGUAGAAUUCUGGGUUGAUGGGAAACCCAAGGUGCGGAAAAGUCUGCGAAAGGGCUACACUGUAGCGACAGAGGCAAGCAUCGUCCUGGGGCAAGAGCAGGACUCAUAUGGUGGUGGUUUUGAUGUAAACCAGUCUUUUGUGGGAGACAUUGGAGAUGUGAACAUGUGGGACACUGUGUUAUCUCCAGAACAGAUCAAUACAGUGUAUGUUGGCGGGACACUCAGCCCCAGUGUUUUGAACUGGCAGACACUGGCGUAUGCAGUACAGGGUAACGUGUUAAUCAAGCCCCAGCUGUGGCCCUGACCUACUGUUGUGAGUCACGAGACACCUCCUGGGAUUACAUUCUCUCCCUUGUCUCUGGUUAUAGACCUUUUAAUACCAACAGAUGCUGCAGCUCUAGUCUGUGAAUAUGGCCCUUUCACCUCCCUGCUCUGCCUUCCUCGGCACCAGGGCAUGGCUUUGAAGUGCAUGGUGUUGCAGUUUGUGCAUCACACUGGGAAUCUUUACCAAAGAGAAUCAGAAUUAUGCAUGUUUUUGUUUUUGAUUUUUUUUUUUUGAGACAGGGAUUCUCUGUAUAACAGCCCGGCUGUCCUGGACCUUGCUCUGUAGACCACGCUGGCCUUGAACUCGUUGAGAUCCACCUGCCUCUGCCUCCCAAGUAAUGGGAUUAAAGGUCUGUGCCACCACCACCUGACUUUUUUUAUAUAUAUUUUUAAUUGAAAGAAUUUCAGACAAUCACUCACUCUUACAUAGAUGAGAAAACAGACACAUAGAAAGAAGAGUAAAUUUUUUAUUUAAAGAAUUUUAUACAUGAAUACUGUAUUUACUUCAUUUCUACCCUUCCCUCUCCAAAUCCUCCUGUGUCUUGAACUCUUAUUUAAUAGUUUUAUAUACAUACACAUACAUAAUACAAUAUGUACCAUCUAUCUGUCUGUCUAUCUGUCUAUCUAUAUCAGUCUGUCCAUCCAUUCAUUCAUCUAUCUGUCUCUCUUUCUCUCUCUCUAUCUCAAUCUAUUUAUCAUAUAUCUACUAUCUGUCUAUAUAUCUAUAUCAUUCUAUCUAUCUAUCUAUCUAUCUAUCUAUCUAUCUAUCUAUCAUCCAUUUAGCAUUGCAUAGAUGUUGUUGAGGGUUGACCACCUGGGACUGGAUAGCCUAUAGGUCGGGUGGCACGCCCCUGAAGAAAACUGAUUCUCCUUUUCUCAGCAGCCAUUUAUCACCUAUAGCUUUCAUACAGGGGUGGGACUUUGUGAAAUUUCUUCUAUCCAUGUUGCAUGUAAACUAGUGUUGCCAUUAUGAAGGUCUUGUUUAGGCAACCCAGAGAGAUGGAGCACUGUCUGCACUGUGCUCAGAGUAAGUUCUUUUCUGCAAUAAAAUCUGUAUCUGAACUUCCCAUGAGUCAAUAAAGCCACCAUGGUUUGAAUGA